AUGGCUGGUAAGAUUAAGAGAGUGGCCGUAAUCGGCGCUGGGCCCUCAGGCGCAAUUGCUACAGAUGCCUUGGUCAAGGAACAAGCUUUCGACACAGUCCGAGUCUUUGAUCGACGACCCAUCCCAGGGGGAACCUGGAUCUACACCCCACACUUGCCUCCUAAUAUCCCAUCUCUCAAAGCACUCUUAGAUGGAAAGGCCGAUGCUCCCGUUCCAAUCCCAUCUCAACUCCCAGCCCAGACACCCAAGUCAGAGGCUAUCAACAGCCACCAGGUCCGAUUCUCGGAUACCGCUCAGCACGAGCAUCUACACACCAACAUAACCCCAGAGAUUAUGAGCUUUACCACUGAACCCUUUCCAGAAACUCUGACUGAACGGAUCCGAGAGAAAUAUGGCGAUGACGCUCCCUUUCGCGGCCGGGAACAGAUCCGGGAGUGGGUUGAGAACAUCUUUGUCCGUAAUGGGCACCAAGAACUUCUCGAAUUGAGUACCACCGUGGAACUUGCAGCCAAAGAGGGUGACGAAUGGGUUCUUACACUGAGGAAAGAGCACCCUGGAAAAGACUACUGGUGGCAGGAGAGAUUUGAUGCCCUCAUUGUAGCAACUGGGCACUACAACGUACCCUGGCUUCCGAGUAUCGAGGGAAUCACGGAAUAUGACGAAAGGUUUCCGGGCCGUAUUGUGCACAGCAAGCACUUUAGGAAUUCCGAUAAGUAUAAGGGAAAGAAAGUUAUUGUCGUGGGAGGUUCGGUAUCGUCGCACGAGAUCCUCCACGAAGUCCUGCCAGUUGCCCAACACCCGGUUUAUGCUUCACUUCGUGGAGAGCCUCUGCCUCACUUUGGCUGGGCCCCUUUUACACACCCCCAUAUUUCUGUUCAGAAGCAGAUCAUCAAAUUCGACCCAGAUACCGGUGCAAUAACCUUCGAGGAUGGAACCGUAGUCGAAGGCGUAGACUAUGUGGUCUUCGGGACUGGUUUCACCUUCAGCUUCCCUUUCUUGCCGGAGGUACAAGAACGCAUACGUCAAGUUGACCGGAGGUUGUCGGGAGUCUACUUCCACACUUGGGAUAUCGAAGAUCCGACCCUCGCUUUCUUAGGCAUGUGUGGAGGUGGCUUCACUUUCCGCCUUUUCGAAUGGCAAGCAGUCGCGGUAUCUCGUCUUCUGGCAGGCAGGGGCAACCCCUUACCAUCAAAGAAGGAACAGAAGCAGUGGGAGAAAGACCGUGUCGCAGAGUUUGGUGGAGGCAAGGACUACUACACCAUCGCACCAUUCUAUAAAGAGGUAUUUGAGUACUUCAGAUCGGUGGCAGGAGACCCCGCGCCGGGAACCACAGGUCGCGUCUUGCCACCUUUCGACGACAAGUUGUUAGACAUUUGGGCGGCUAUGGGUUCCGCGAAAGCCAACUUUUGGGAAGACUCCAGAAAGAAAGCAGAGGAUGAGCUCAAUGAACUGCCCAUCAGAUCGAGGUUGUAG